ACCGGCGAAAGCUUCUCGAAGGAACUGCAAAGAUGAUGCCCACACCGGUUAUCCUGCUGAAGGAGGGGACUGAUACCUCUCAGGGCAUUCCCCAGCUCAUCAGUAACAUCAAUGCCUGCCAGGUCAUUGCUGAGGCUGUCAGGACCACCCUGGGGCCCCGUGGCAUGGACAAACUGAUGGUGGAUGGUAGAGGCAAGGCCACGAUUUCCAAUGAUGGAGCCACCAUCCUAAAACUGUUGGAUGUGGUUCACCCUGCAGCCAAGACUCUAGUGGACAUCGCCCGCUCCCAAGAUGCUGAGGUAGGGGAUGGCACCACUUCUGUCACGCUCCUGGCUGCAGAGUUCCUGAAGCAGCUGAAACCAUAUGUGGAGGAGGGUCUCCACCCUCAGACCAUCAUCAGAGCGUUCCGUAGUGCCACGAACCUUGCUGUCAAUAAGAUCAAGGAAAUCGCUGUGUCUGUCAAGAAGGAUGACAAGCAGGAGCAGAGGCAACUGUUGGAGAAGUGUGCAGCCACCGCACUAAACUCCAAGCUUAUUGCAGGACAGAAGGAAUUCUUCUCCAAGAUGGUGGUGGAUGCCGUCAUGUCUCUGGAUGAGCUGUUGUCACUGAAGAUGAUCGGCAUCAAGAAAGUCCAGGGAGGAGCCCUUGAGGAUUCUCAGUUGAUCUCUGGAGUUGCCUUUAAGAAGACCUUCUCUUACGCUGGGUUUGAGAUGCAACCUAAAAGGUAUGAGAACCCAAAGAUUGCUCUGCUUAACGUGGAGCUGGAGCUUAAGGCUGAGAAGGACAACGCCGAGGUCAGAGUGAAAUCCGUGGAGGACUACCAGGCCAUCGUGGACGCAGAGUGGAACAUCUUAUACGACAAACUGGAGAAGAUCUACCAGUCAGGAGCCAAGGUGGUUUUGUCCAAGUUGCCGAUUGGUGAUGUGGCCACUCAGUACUUCGCUGACAGAGACCUGUUCUGUGCUGGCAGAGUCCAGGAGGAGGAUCUGAAGAGGACCAUGAUGGCCUGUGGUGGCUCCAUCCAGACUUCAGUAGGAGCCAUGACAGAUGAUGUUCUGGGACAGUGUGAACUCUUUGAGGAGGUCCAGGUUGGAGGAGAAAGAUACAACUUCUUCAAAGGCUGCCCCAAAGCAAAGACAUGCACCAUCAUCCUGAGGGGGGGGGCAGAGCAGUUCACAGAGGAGACAGAACGGUCGCUGCAUGACGCCAUCAUGAUUGUACGCAGAGCCAUUAAGAACGACUCCGUCGUCGCAGGUGGAGGAGCCAUAGAGAUGGAGCUGUCCAAGUACCUGCGGGAUUAUUCCAGAACGAUCCCCGGAAAACAGCAGCUGCUGAUCGGUGCUUACGCUAAGGCCCUGGAGGUCAUUCCCCGACAGCUGUGUGACAACGCUGGCUUCGACGCCACCAAUAUCCUCAACAAACUGCGCGCUAAACAUGCUCAGGGUGGCAUGUGGUAUGGAGUGGACAUCAACAACGAGGACAUCGCAGACAACUUUACCAACUGCGUUUGGGAGCCGUCAGUCGUCAGGAUCAACGCUCUGACAGCAGCGUCGGAGGCCGCCUGCCUCAUUCUGUCGGUCGACGAGACGAUCAAGAACCCCCGCAGCACAGUGGACGGACCCCCAGGGGGCGCAGGCAGAGGCCGAGGCCGCGGGAGACCACACGCCCACUAAGAAGGAGGAGGAAUAAUGCCCCGUUUUAAUAUGGCGUAAAAUCCAAAGAGGCAGCACCAGGCAGGUUAUGUUUAGAUGUCAAUGACAAAUGUAACUUGACUUAUUUUGCCUGCAUUUGUUUUUUAUUUACAGUUAAAACGGGGCUUUUUGUACCAGUCAGACACGCGGCUAAUGUAGUGAAACAAAGGGGCUAAAGGAGAAGUUCAGUUCAAAGACAGGUUUUUUUGGACUUUUCUAAGGUGGUGAACAUUUCCCUUUUUUUUUUUUUACUGUUAUUCGCACAUAGUGUUGGUUUGAUAAAAUCCGUUGCAGCUUUUUGUGUGACUUUUUUCAAGUCUUUGCACCCAUGUCCUUUUGUAGUAGGAUGUAAAAUCUGGAUGAGAUUGCCUUCCCCUUUGGUUUGCAAACACAGGCCGCUCUGUCUCGUCCAGGUCAGUUCCUCUUCUGACCUGGAGGAGCCGCUCUUUGUUUCUAAUCUGGUUUUGUGUUACAGAAUGCCACAAACUGAUGCGUAACAUAAAAAAUAAAGCACUGAUAGGAUGUCAAGCAGUUCUGAACCGGUUACGCUGUGUAAAACUAUUUAUUGGAUCAUCCACAUCAAUAAAUUCACAGCUGGAA